AUUCAUUUCAUUGUCUUUGCAUUCAAUUCAGUCAACAAUUAAUUUAAUAUUUAUUUAGCAUUUCAUUGAACACUGAAUUGAACUGAAAUCACAAAAUGUCAGAAGAGUUGACAAACCAUUUGUUGGGAACCAAUGACGACGACUCGGAUGAAGACAAUGAAGACGUGGACUACAAUCCGGACAAAGAGGUGGUCAGCGACAACAGUUGUUCCGAUUCUGAAGAGGAAGACAAUGCAGACGACGGACGCAAACGAAGCAAACAUAAGGACACGACUGACGAAGAGGUGCCACAGAAAGAGGUGUUGAGUGAAGAGGCGUUCAAACAAAAGGCGGACACUCUUUGGGACCAAUUUUGUGCUGAUUUACCCAAAUCUGAAGACAAGAGCCAAUCAAAUAGUAGUGCAAACAAUGAGACGACGACUGAAAGCGCCGGCGUAUCGACCAAACAGACGAUAACCAGAGUGUAUGACUUCGCCGGACAAGAGGUGAAAGUGACUGAAGAGGUUGAGACCAACUCUUGUAAACCUGCAGUGAAUAGUGAUAAGAGUGUAGACAAUAGUAUUAAAGGCAAUGACAACGGAGUGGCCGUUAAAGGCGUGAAGAGAUCGGGAGGAUUGGGAGGACUCUUAGAUCAGCUCAAGAAACCAAAGAUCAAUACAUUGCAGAAGAGUUUUAUGGAUUGGAAUAACUAUAAGAAGAAUGAAGGCAUUGAAGACGAACUCAAUCAACACAACCGAAGCAAAGACACGUUCAUCGAAAAGCAGGCUUUCCUUCAGAGAUCAGACUUAAGACAAUUUGAAAUCGAGAAACAGAUUCGAGAGAAGGAUAGAUCCCAUCGACAGCUAUCGAAGGAUUGAAUAUAUUUUGAAUGAAUACUAAUUUGUGAACAAUUUAUCUAUUAUUUACUGAUAAUAGCGAUGGAAUCGCUAAUAAUGGUUAACACAGCAACUGAUGACAACUUCAUUAUUUAGUAUUCAUUCAUUUGACGAUAAUUUUUAAUAUCUACU